CCGGCGGCGUGGGCGCCAUGGCCACGGCUGUGGCCUGCGGCACGGGCCUGGCUCCAAGCACAACCACGGAUGCGGCCACGGGCAAGGCUGCCGCCGGCGGCACGGGGGUGGCUCCAAGCGCGGGCACGACUGCGUCCGUCCGGAUGGAUCCAAAUUCAAGUUAUUUGCUGAAAAUUAGAUUGGUUGGCAACAAGAGAAAUGCUAGGAAAGAAAUCAAAUGUUUCUAUUUUGAGAAGAUGAUUGAUUCUGACUUGACAAAUUAUAAGGAUUUGGUUGAAUCAAUUGUAGAUGAGUACCCGCCAAGAUAUUUGGAAGUUGCACAUGUUCAAUACUACGAUGAUGUUCUGAAAAUAUUUCCAGAAGUGAAAACUGACCAAGACUUAAUGUUUAUGUUUGAGAAAUUCUCGAAGACAAAGGCUGUCCAAAUGUUUAUUUCUUAUUGUGAUCCUGCUGAGCCAUAUGAGCCUAUAACUGAAUAUUCAAGUGAUUUCUUUACCCAAACCGAACACAACAUAGAACAAGACGAUGAUAGUUACCUUCGCAACCCAAUUCCUGAGAAUGAGCAUGUUGGUAUUGAUGAGGAAAAUCUAUAUCUAGAGAAAGAACCUACACCUCUAAAUGUGGUUCUUUUUUUGGAUAAUGACAAGGACACUGAAUAUGUUCCCGAGGAUGACAGUGAGUAUGGCAGCGAGGAUGAGUGUGAGAUAGAGGAGGAUGAGCCUGAAAUAGAGGAGGACGAGGAGGUGCAUGAGGCAGAGCAUGCGCCAACUGUAGAGUACAAUAAAAAAGACCCUCCAAUGGCCGAAGGUUCCAAGUAUCCCAAUAUGGCUGAGUUUAAGUUGGCCCUUUCUCAGCAUGCAGUCAAAUAUGAAUUUGAAUACAACAUUCAGAAAAGUGCACAACAUAGGUUUAGGGCCUAUUGUAGAAGAAGGGAUGAAGAUAAAUGCCCAUGGAGGAUAUAUGCUUCCACAACAGAUGAUAUGUGCACUGUAGUGGAUUGGCUCAUUGAAGAUGCAACUCUCGGAGCCACGGCAUUGCAGCAGAAGCUUAAAGAACAUUACAAGGUCAAACUCCAUUACAAGAGAGUAUAUAUGGAGGGCCACCAAAGAAGAAGGUAAAGAGCACCAUUGUGCCAUAUGUGAAUGAAGCACCAACUAGGAUGUGUUUUCCACCUACCCAAAUUCUUGAAACUACAACAAUAAAGGAAAAGGCUACACCAAAAUCUAGUACUGGAACUUUUAAAAGGUUAAAAACCAGCUCAAGCCAACCAAUGCCCAGCGAGAAAAACCUUCCUGUGAAGGCAAAAGCUAAGAAAAAGAAGAAAGAUGCCACUGUGAUUCCUACUGCGCCACUUGAUAGCCCCGCAAUGAGUACAAGAAGCAAAACUUUCAUCCCCGCUAGCCCUGCAAUGAGCACAAGAAGCAAAAGAAGGCUCAGCUUGUGAUUCUAAUGUGUUCUGUUCAUGUACUGUGUCUAAUGAGAGGUGCUUCUAUGCUUUGCCAUGUGAUUUUUGUGGACUUUACCUCUCACAUACAUGAUGUAAGUGAGACUAAGUGAAACUGGAGGUGCUUUUGGACCUGAUCGUGUGAUGUAUUUGGACUAGACCUCAACUAUGAUAUAAACUGUAGGAUCAGUACUGAUAUUGCAUUGUUAUAAAAUGUCUAUGCAUAUAUAUCUUAA